CUGGAGAAUAAAGAGAUCAUGUUCAAGAAGUACAUAGCUUUGGAGAUGGUAAAUAAUCAGAGUGCUGGGAAAGAUCUGUGACCAAAGCCUGUUGGACACUACUUGGGCUUUGCCUCUUGAACACAGACUCUCAUUGUGUAGUCACAUUCUCUAGAAUGCUGGGGUGAAGGGUGAGGUAAUUAGAAAAACAGCCUGUGAAACAGAUGAUCAUUGACUAAAGUAGAAAGGUGGCAGCAGCAUCACCCCUGCAACUGCCUGACCAGAGCCAGAGUCUCUGCAUACUUGUCUCUAGAUGGAGAGUUCUUCCAGCUAUUCAAACACAGAGUCACAAAGGAUAUAUUUGCGAGUCCACGUGGAGGAACAUGACAUAGAAACAACUCAUGGUGUGGUCCAUGUCACCAUCAGAGGCCUACCAAAGGGAAACAGACCAGUUAUUCUGACAUACCAUGACAUUGGCCUCAAUCAUAAAUCCUGUUUCAAUGCAUUCUUUAACUUUGAAGAUAUGCAAGAGAUCACCCAGCACUUUGCGGUCUGUCACGUGGAUGCCCCAGGCCAGCAGGAAGGUGCACCCUCUUUCCCAACAGGGUACCAGUACCCCACAAUGGAUGAGUUGGCUGAAAUGCUGCCUCCUGUUCUUACCCACUUAAGUCUGAAAAGCAUCAUCGGGAUUGGAGUCGGAGCUGGAGCUUACAUCCUCAGCAGAUUUGCACUCAAUCAUCCGGAGCUCGUGGAAGGCCUUGUGCUCAUUAACGUUGACCCUUGUGCUAAAGGCUGGAUUGACUGGGCAGCUUCCAAACUCUCAGGCUUGACAACCAAUGUUGUGGACAUUAUUUUGGCUCAUCACUUUGGUCAGGAAGAGUUGCAGGCCAACUUGGACCUGAUUCAAACCUACAGGCUGCAUAUUGCCCAAGAUAUCAAUCAAGAAAACCUACAGCUCUUCCUGGGUUCUUAUAACGGACGCAGAGACCUAGAGAUUGAAAGACCCUUGCUGGGCCAAAACGAUAACAAAUCGAAGACAUUAAAGUGUUCUACUCUAUUGGUGGUAGGGGACAGUUCACCUGCAGUUGAGGCUGUGGUUGAAUGCAACUCUCGCCUGAACCCUAUAAACACAACUUUGCUAAAGAUGGCAGACUGUGGUGGACUGCCACAAGUAGUACAGCCUGGAAAGCUCACCGAGGCCUUCAAGUACUUUUUGCAGGGAAUGGGCUACAUCCCGUAUGUGCAGCUCAGUCACCUGAGCACCGAGUCAGUACCAUCUGCCAGCAUGACCCGGCUCGCCCGAUCACGAACCCACUCAACCUCGAGUAGCAUCGGCUCUGGAGAAAGUGCCUUCAGCCGAUCUGUCACCAGCAAUCAGUCAGAUGGAACUCAAGAAUCCUCUGAAUCCCCUGAUGUUGUGGACAGACACCAGACCAUGGAGGUGUCCUGCUAAGCAGAUACUCCUCCCCUGGACCAUGCAAGUCCACCCUCCUUCAGACAACCACUCCAUAAUACAACAUUUCACCCAACAAACUGGCAUUUAUCUUUAACUCCUGCAUGGCCAACUGACAGUCUCUGGUAUCCUGGAUUUAUCAUUCUCUCUGCCUGCCCGCCCUCCUUUUUGUAUGUACCAAGAACCACUUCCUUGCCAUCACUGUAACAUUCCAGCAUCUUUAGCUGAUCGAAUUUCCAUAUCUUCUCUUGCCAGCCUUUCCUUGUGCUUUCCCAACUACAUAUCUGACAAGAUUCUUUGAUUCUGAUGUAUGUGUGUGAGCACGCCUGUCUGUGUUUGUGUGUGCAUAGUUCUGUGAUUUUAGAUAUGCUUUCUUGUAGAGCUUCUGCAAAAAAAGGGGACCUUUUUUUCUUCUUCAUUUUCAAUGAUGUUUUUAAGGGAAAUAUACAGAACAGGUUUCUAGGUUGGGCAGGCCACUGCAUUCUCUUUUGGUUCCAAAUUGGUCAACACGAUUUGCAGUGACUUCAGGAGCUCUGAGAAAUGUGGAAGAUCGUGUUUACAUUGACUGUGACCAAUAGAAGGGAGCCUAUUAACAUAGAGAGGCAGGCAGGGUGGCCAGCCACCUCCUGUCCAAAUGCAUUCAUAUAUGUUAUUCUGUAAAUAAAAGGGAGGGACAUAUUCUUUUAGAAGCCCAUGAAUGAUGAAGUUCUGAUGCAACAUGGAGUUUUUCCUAAGAAGUGAGUGUGGCAUCCUUACUGCACUCUUUUAGCACAGGAAGAUGGAAAACAAUAUACCAGGCCUCUGCUGUGCCAGAGCAGAGCUACUGUCGCCACAGUGUCUGAUACCACUUACAAGAUAGCCCCAAGAAGUGCCUCCUGGGUCUGUGAUGAAGAGUGUUUCUCCACCCUUCAGUCCUCUGAAAAAGGAGAGGUAUGGCCUGAAAAUUAUGCAGAUGGUGAGAACCAGCUGGGCGAAGAGGCACAGACCUCAGCAGAAUAUCAUGUGUCUCAGGCACACCCUUGACUUCAGCUGACAUAGUGGAAGCGAAGUGAAAUUGGUACAGAACCUAUUUCUCAGAAAGAUUCUUGACAAUUCUUAAAGAAGAGGGGGAAGGGGCCGGUGUGUAAGGGCAGCCUGUGCAGCUACAGUUGUGCUUAGCGGACUGCUGUGCGAGGGGCUGCAGCCAGCCAGAGUAUUGCUGGGAGGAGGAUGAAACCAACUGCCACACAGCAAGGGCCCAGCUCUUGAGGGCAUCAGAUGUAAGCUCAGGGUUACGCAGUUCCGAAUCUUAGGAAGGGGCUUUUCAGACCCAAUGUUCGCUUUCAGCUGAGAUAGGGAAUGCAUCACUCUGCCAGAGUACAACUUUUUACAGAUUAUUAAAUAAAGCUGUAUAUGUCUCAUUGUUAA